AUGCCAAAACGGACGUGUUUAGACAAACGUGAAUUAGUUUUGAAGCUACACAAUGAAGAAUUUGGAAGUAAUCAAUUUGUACCAUAUACUGUUAUGCAGCAUGGCAUAUGGAUAUUUGAAACUCUUAUGAAAAAUGGCUCUUCAUGUUGGGGAAAUAGGCGUUGGUUACUUUCUGAAAUUGACUUGCAAGACAGUAAUUGGAUUCAAUCAGGCGGAGAAGGAGGAGGAGGUGGAGAAGGGAGGAGAAGAAGGGGGAGGAGGAGGAGAAGGAGGAGAAGGAGGAGAAGGAGGAGGAGGUGGAGAAGGGAGGAGAAGGAGGAGGAGGAGAAGGAGAAGGAGGAGAAGGAGGAGGAGGAGAAGGAGGAGAAGGAGGAGGAGAAGGAGGAGAAGGAGGAGGAGGUGGAGAAGGGAGGAGAAGAAGGGGGAGGAGGAGGAGAAGGAGGAGGAGAAGGAGGAGGAGGAGGAGAAGGAGGAGGAGAAGGAGGAGAAAGAAGGGGAGAGGAGGAAAAAGAGAAGGAGAGGGAAGGGAAGGAGGAGAAGGAGGAGAGAAGGAGGAGAAGGAGGAGGGGUGGAGAGAGAGAAGGAGGGAGAAGAGGGAGGAGGAGAAGGGAGGACGAAGGAGGAGGAGAAGGAGGAGGAGGAGGAGGAAGAGGAGGAGAAGGAGGAGAGGUGGAGAAGGGAGGAGAAGGAAGGGAGGAGGAAGGAGAGAGGAGAGGAGGAGAAGGAGGAGGAGGGAGAGAGGAGAGAAGGGAGGAGGAGGAGAGUGGAGAAGAGGUGGAGGAAGGGAGAGGAAGAGAAGGGAGGAAGGAGAGAGGAAGGAGGAGAAGGAGGAGGAGGAGGCAGGAGUGGAGGAGAGGGAGGAGAAGGAGGAGGAGGUGGAGAAGGGAGGAGAAGAGGGGGAGGAGAGGAGAAGGAGAAGGGAGGAAGGGGCAGGUAUUAGGAGAGGAGGAGGAGGGAGAGACGGAGUGGAGAGGAGGAGAGAAAGAGGGGAGGAGAAAGAGAGGCGGAGGAUGGGGGAGGAGGGAGGAGGAAGGAGAAGGAGGAGGAGAGAAGAGGAGGAGAGGAGAAGGAGGAGGAGUGAGAGAGGAGGAGAAGGAAGGGAGGAGAAAGAGAGGAGGAGGAGAAGGAGGAGGGAAGGGAGGAGGGAAGGAGACAGGAGAAAGGAGAAGGAGGAGGAGGAGGAGGAGAAGGAGUGGAGAAGGGAGGGAGAGGGGGGAGGGAGGAGGUGGAAGAAGGAGGAGAAAAGGAGGAGGGAGGAAGAGGAGGAGGAAGCAGGAUGAGCAGGCGGGAGUAGGAGAAAAAUGGAGGAGGAGGAGAAGGGGGAGGGGAGGGGGAGAAGGAGGAGGAGGAGAAGGAGAGGAGAGAAGGAGGAGGAGGAGUAGAAAGAGUUGA